CUUCCACGCGGCACCAAAAUUCUCGGACAAAUUCAGGCGAGUAAUCCAUCGCCUUCCUUCCAUCUUCAAGACAGGGCAAUCUGUAUCCGAUCGCUCCACUACUAAUCCAUGGCUAUGGCUUCGUCAAUGCCUUCAUUAAACCCCACAUCUCUCUGUUCUUCUUCUUCUUCUUCUUCUUCUCCUUCUUCACCAGCACCAAGAAAUAUUCCCUCCAAGCAAAUCCCAUAUCUAAGUUCUUCGCUAAAUCUGAACCAACCCUGGCUUUGUCCAUUUCCGAGCAGCAGUUUCUGCAAUGCCCACUCGUUAAAGAUUCCAUCUUUGGCGCUCAAGGCAUCCAGAUCAGGCAAUGGGGAGAGGGAGCACGAAGUGUACAAGGUCGAAAUAGUGAAGCCCUAUGGAUUGAAAUUCGCGAAGGGAAGGGAUGGGGGCACUUAUAUUGACGCCAUUGAACCUGGAGGAUCGGCUGAUAAGACUGGGAAGUUCACAGUUGGGGAUAGGGUUAUUGCCACCAGUGCAGUGUUUGGAGAUGACAUAUGGCCUUCUGCUGAAUAUGGAAGAACAAUGUACACUAUCCGGCAGCGAAUGGGCCCAUUGUUCAUGAAAAUGGAGAAGAGAAAUGGGAAGAUGGAUAGUACAGGUGAGCUCUCAGACAAGGAAAUUAUUAGACAAGAAAGGAGUGCUGGUUUUAUCACUGAUAGGGUGAGAGAGAUUCAGUUGAAAAAUGCGAUGCUGAAAAAGGAACUGAAGGAGCGCAGAGAAAUGGAUCUUCGUGAAGGACUUCAGAUGUACAGGAGUGGAAAAUAUGAAGAAGCAUUAGAGAAAUUUGAGUCUGUACUAGGAUCAAAACCAGAUCUAAAUGAAGCUGCAGUAGCAAAUUACAAUGUUGCAUGUUGUUAUUCUCAGCUUAAUCAGGUUGAAGCUGGGUUGUCUGCCUUGGAAGAUGCUAUGAAAGCAGGAUUUGAAGAUUAUAAGAGAAUGAGAAGAGACCCUGAUCUUGCCAAUCUCAGAUCAUCUCCAAACUUCGAACCCCUUUUAAAGAAAUACGACGAAUCAUUCAUCAAUGAAGGCGCUAUCAACGCCCUCAAGUCCCUGUUUGGAUUCAACAAGAAGUAGAGCAAUGUGCUUGUAUUCAAUGCGGAGUUCUCGGGUUUCUUGUAUCGUGUCAUCCAAACGAGGCACUACACUAUCGAUCCUCGGCGAGGUCUUCCACACAUGAAAUGAGGGCUGUAAAAUUAGGAAAAAAAUGGGUUAUCCCUUUCUUCUCCUCAAGUGUAUUCUCUCCAAAUUGUGAUUUUUAUGGGGAAAGCUAAAAAAAAUACUACUCCGUAUGUGAUUAAAAUCAUCUCAUCAAACCUACCGUGAAAGAAUGUAGGUUCACCCCGAGUUUGUACAAUUGUACCUCAACUUGUAUUGUACUCUCCCUCCCAAUUUAAAUUGUCUGUUUCAAUUUAUAAUAUUUGAUUGAAUUUUGUUUCAAAUCAUUUUAUAUGAAAAAUAAUGUAGAAUUAAUAAAUAAAAAUUAUAGAUAUUU